CUGAUAUGUGUCACUUUCAGCUGAUGUUUUUACUAUUUGGACGUAUGCCGCUUUCGAGCGUCGUUUCUGGAGUUUGUGCUUUUUUUUGGAUCGUUCAGCGAGUUGCCUCUCCCGCGGCUCCGCCCGCCCUCGGUUCGCCAUUGUUCCGCCCUGCUCUCUCAGUCUCUGUCUCGAGUUCCUUCUCCCCUCCUCUUCUUCGGAUUUUCUUGGCUUUCCUCUGUGUCUGCAUCUGUCGGGUUUUUCUCCAUUCCCUGCCGUAAGUGGUUUCUCAGGCCAGGAGUCGCGUCCCCGUCUGCAACGACGUCCAGCCCCGAGAAGACAACUCCGUUUUCCUUUGUGUGCCGUCAAGUCUUUUUUCGCCUGCGCGUUGUCUCGCUUGUUGCCUGUCCUCAGUUCCUCGUUUUCUCUUUUCUUUCCACCUCCUCCACUUUGUCUGCGCAAGUGCAUCUGCCCCAGCCACGGACACCACAACCUCCUUCCUCUCUCCCCACGGCAGUGCCAGUUCGCCGCCCAGGUUUUCGCUCUCUUCUCGUCGCCUUCUGUCUGUGACAAUCACCACAAUGCGCUCUUCGCGCGAUUUACAUCUGACUGCGCGUCUGUGUUUUGUGUGCCGUCCAUACACCUGCACGUCACCGGACAGGUAGGCCGAAGGCCGUGAUCGGAGAGAGACGAAUCGCCGAGUUUCAGAGACUGGAGAACGGCGCUUGGGCGUCCUUUCGCCGCCUCCGCUGACAGCGCUCCGUUGCUUCGCAGUCGAAAGGAAGAUCUGGAAUUGAGGAGGACUCGUUGAUUCCUCCACUCUCAGCCGACUUGUCGAACACAGCUGUUUGGAUUCUGGCGUCGAGUGCAGUUGAUCUUGCGAUUUCUUCUUCCUAGUGUUUUCGUUGCGCCUAUCUCCCUUUCUUUCCAUUUGACUACUCGUCUUCCCGCAUCGUCCCAGUGUUUUUCUCCUGUAUUUCCUCUCCUGACUGUUUUCUCCAUGUCUGUCUUCUGCCUCUCUGCCCUAACCUGCGACUUUUUUCGUUGUUUCCGCUGAUCUUCGUCUCUUCAGCUCUCUUUUCUGAGACCCGGCUUUUUAACGUUCUUACGUCUCGCGUACUCUUCUCUCCUUCCUCUAUUUUCUCCGACUCCUUGUUUCACCGUCUUUUCUGCUUUCCUUCAUCAGUCCUUUCUCCUUGUCUAGUGUCUCCUUGACUCUCCUGUUUUGUCUUGUCCUUCCUCCCGUCGCCAUUUUCACCUGCAAGAACCUCUUUUGCGCUGACCCUGAGUACGCAGUGAGCCUUCGCGCGGUGUUCCUUUCGCGAUUCUUCUUCUCCCCGGCCUGCUUCCCCGUCUCCCUGCUCCCUCUCUCUCUCCCUCUCUCUCUCUCCCGUCUCCUCUCUUUGUUCUCUGUUGUCACGAUGGAUGCGGUGAUGGUUGUGCACCAGCUGCAGCGGCUGGCGGCGACGGAGGACCCCUCGCCGGCAGUGGCGGCGAAGCUUCCUCGUGUCGCGGUUGGAAUUUGUUAUUUCAUCGACCAUCCAGAGGUGGGUGUGCGGCAGCAGGCUGCGAACGCGGUGAAGAAGGUCGUCUCGCUCCACGGGGGUCUCUUGCAGGGAACGAAGGAGGGGAUAGAACUGGAGAAAAUGCUCUCUCGACAUGCGGAAACCUCCAAAGACGCCGUGGUGGCUGAGGCAUGCCGCGACGCUCUUCAACUCUUCCAGAAGCAGGCCUCAGGGGGCGAGACGCGCAAAGAAAGCAAGUUGUCCACAAACGCCGAGGCUCCCGCGAAGAUGGCAAAAGCCAGUUGCGAUGCCGAGGCCUCUUCUUCCCCUGCGGCCUUGCCUCCCAGCGAAGAAGCUUCGAGUCGCCCAAAAGGCGGAGAAGCGUCUUCUCCGUCGUCUCCUGGCGGCGAAGACCUGGAGAGAGCCUCUCGUCCGUGCACCCCCGCCGAUCCAGCUGUGCUUCCAGAGGGAGAGAUGUACACUGUGCUUCUGGGCUUGCGCGGUCUGGCCGCAGAGCUCCGGAGAAAGCGCGAAAACGGCGCGCCUCCCUCGCCCUCUGCGGCUCUCUCCCCCGCUCUCCGAGCCACACUGGACGACCUGCAGAGAGAGCUGCAGUACCGUCUGGUCUGCAUUCCAGGCGUCAGCAGCGCAACCAUCACCCUGAACAUCCGCGGCCUCUGCACCCAGCUGGAGGCCGAGGCGAUGCCACAGAGCUCCGCCCGCGGCUCUGAGGAAGGCGACGGCGUCGCGGUGCUGCUGGUGCGUCUCUCGCAGGAACCGACGAAGCGCAUGCGACAUCUGCAAGACAUCCGAGACGCGGCAGGACCUCUCACUCUCGUUCUCCGCGCGGAGCGCGUGUACGACGGUGGCCGGGCGGGGAAAUCGCGGAGCAAGACAGCCGGAGAGAAAGAGGCGCCGCGGGGCGGCCAGGAGGCGGCGCCGGCGUACCUGGAUGAGGAGACCUCUCGCGGACGCAGCAGUGACGCGAAGCAGCAGAACGACGACGCCGAGCGAACUCAGGAAAGCUGUGGAGAGGGUCUGCAUGGAACGGGAGAGACGGCUGCCGGGUACUCCUUCUUCAGUCGAAAUUCAGUCCUCUUCACGCAGUCUCGCUUUCUGGGCAGUAGCAUUUUGCCGUACGAAGACGAUCCAGAACUGGCUACGAGACUCAAGAGAGAAAAAGAGAAAAAGGCAGCAGAGCGUCUGAAGCAACUGGAGUCGCAGACAGUGCUCGACAGGGUCUUGGGGAACAUCGGAAAGGUUCGAUUUUGGUGAGUUUCCAGUUGGCCUCUCAGAACGCUCUCCAGGUCUGAGUCGACAAGGACAGGGAAGUUGGAGAGAGAAAAAGAGUGAGAUGCGCCACAGAGCAGUGGCUGUCUCUCCAGACAGAAGUUGAGCCAGGCCUCGACGCGUACGGGCAAGAGCAGAUAACAGACGGUUGUCUCAAGCACCCGUGAAGUCUUGGAGGAAACCUGAAAAAGAUUAUGUAAAGGGGACCUAAAAAACGAGAUCGAAGUCAAGAACGAAGGCGCGAUCCUUGCGGAACUCGAGACGGAGAUACCUGAGAGGAAGAAGGAAAUGGCGAAGGUGGUGAAUCGAGGUCUUUCUUCCCUCCCCAUGAAACGCAAACGCGACCCAGCUAUGUUACAGUCCGGAUAGGCUUCUACAGGACAUUGUUUCUUUCACGAACAAAGAAUCUCAACGCUCCAGCGAGCUGACAUCCCAGGCCCUCUCUCCCAUCUCGGUUUACCUACUGACACUCAGAGGUCACUUAUACCAUAAAAACACACAUGCAUUUUUAUCUGCAUAUACAUAUAUAUAUAUAUAUAUAUAUUUGUAUGUAUAUUAAUACGCAUGUAUAUCUAUAUUCGUAUAUAUAUGUAUAUAUAUAUAUAUAUAUGAAUAUGAAUAUAGAUGUGCAUGUAAUUAUGUAAGUAUAUAUGUUGUGCGUAUUAAUGCAUGCAUACAUGUACAGUUGCGAUUGUUUCUACGUGGUGGUCUGUUUAUAGAGACAGUGGUUUCUGCGAGUUUGGGCCAAGAGCGGGGAAGGUUUUCAAGAAGUUGAUCUUUCGUUUAGAGACCGUUUCGACAAAGGCUGUGUUUCUUCGCCCGGCCUGUGGAAAGGAGACUGCGAGAGGCGAGGCGAGAGGGGUAGCUCCCCUGUACGUCCUGUGUCUUCACCGCAUGUUGUGGCUCGCUGGUGCCAGGACAGAAGGAAUAACGCGAGAAUGACAGGAAGUCGGGGGAGGAAGAAGAACGAACAAAUAAUUGGAAGCGGGAGAAAGAGGGUGACGUGAGAACAAUCGUGUUCGACAAAAAGGGAGAAGAGACGGAUCGAGCGACCAUGUCUGUGUGAGGAAGGGUGCGGGAGAGAACGAGGAUUUUUUUUUGGUAGGGGAAUGAUGCGGACCAGACGAAAUCUCUGUGGUGC